GCUUGUACGAUACUUCCUUUCAAACAGAAAACAGAUUUCAACAGAUUUUACUUUCCAGAAAGAACACCUGUUAGACUAGAUCACAUCAGUAUCUUUGUUCAAAUGAGUUUUUAACUAAACCGGGAGAGAAGUAAAUCAUUGUAAUCAGGAAAUCAAGAAGUAAUUUGAGAGUUAAUUUUACCGUGAUAUCGUUUUGCUUAAUUUAGGGAUUUAGGGUUUAGACGAUGGAGAAGAAGAAGAGUAAGAAAUCAACAGAAGGUUCUAAUGGUGAUGGAUGUUGGUUGCUUAAUGGGAGCACGCGUUUAACUUUCGGGUGCAUUACUGUUUUUGCAUUGCUGGUACGAGUAAUUGUAUCCCUGAAUUCAUAUUCUGGCGCUGGAGAUGCACCUAAAUUUGGGGAUUAUGAAGCACAAAGGCAUUGGAUGGAGAUUACUCUCAACAUUCCUGCUAAAAAAUGGUAUCAGAAUAGCACAGUAAACGAUCUCACUUAUUGGGGACUUGAUUAUCCUCCUCUCACUGCAUAUCAGAGUUAUGCUCAUGCGUUAUUUCUUCACUACUUUCAUCCUGAUUCUGUCGCGCUGUUCACUUCUAGAGGCCAUGAAUCCCCAAAAGGAAAGCUUCUUAUGAGAUGGACAGUUUUGUCUUCAGAUGUGCUUAUCUUCUUUGCGGCAGCGAUUUACUUUGUAAUUGUUUAUUAUGAUAAUGGCGGGAAGAACAAGCAACAACACAUGGCAUGGCACCUUGCAUUGAUUUUACUCGGACCAUGCCUUAUUCUAAUUGAUCAUGGACAUUUUCAGUACAACUGCAUCAGCCUGGGUCUGACAAUUGGAGCUGUUGCUGCCAUCUUAUCGAAGAAUGAGUUGGUAGCUUGCGUCUUGUUUAGUCUCGCUCUGAAUCAUAAACAGAUGACUGCCUACUUCGCUCCUGCAUUUUUCAGCCAUCUUUUUGGGAAAUGUCUCCGGCAUCGGAAUCCACUUUUGCGGGUUUUACAACUAGGCUUGGUAGUCGUGGGAACUUUUAUUCUUAUUUGGUGGCCCUAUUUAUACUCAGUAGACGCAGUUAAAGAGGUGUUGUCGCGUCUAGCUCCUUUUGAACGAGGGAUAUACGAGGAUUAUGUCGCUAACUUUUGGUGCACAACUUCAGUCCUUAUAAAAUGGAAAAGGUUGUUCCCAACUCCUUCUCUCAGACUUUUCAGCCUCGGUGCAACUUUGUUAGGUGUUCUGCCUUCUAUGGUUCAACAAAUAAAAGCUCCAAGUGAUCUGGGUUUUCUCUAUGCAUUACUAAAUAGUUCAUUAUCAUUCUAUCUUUUCUCAUUUCAAGUUCACGAGAAGUCUAUAUUGUUGCCUCUUUUACCUGCAACCCUUUUGGCUUUAGAGGAACCCCUUUUAUUCAGAUGGUUGACCUACUUCGCAUUGCUCUCAAUGUUCCCUCUUCUUUGCCGAGACCGUCUGAUCUUACCUUAUGUGGCUUUACUCAUUCUUUUUGUUCUUAUUUACUACGUCCCCGGCAUUAGACCAACUAAGAAACGCGAAAGUUCUCCCACUGGAUUGAAAAAAUUGGCGAUGAUUCUGGUUCUUCUGUGCUCUUUCUUUCUUCAUAUUGUAUAUGUAACAUUGCGGCCGCCGCAGAAGUACCCUUUCCUCUUUGAAGCUGUUAUCAUGCUUCUUAGCUGUUCUCAGUUUGUUACCAUUGCUGUUUACUCUAACUUAAAACAGUGGAUGUUGGAGUCCUCUAUAUGGAUGGAGAAAGAAAAGAAAGUCCAAUAAUCAUGUGAUCAAAUUUACCAUUGCAGUAGCUAGAAGCUGAUGUCUUCACGUGGUCAACAAGGUAGUUCACCAGGCCCUUGUGGCUACCUGGAUUAUGCCAGUCCAGUUUUUGUCAAGGAUGGAAUGGAAGGAUGCUGAUUUGCUAGAAAUGUUGCUGUCAUAUUCCCACGUGGGAUUGAAUUGGCUUGCAGGUUAAAAUCAUAAAUCAGCAUUUCCUUGCAGUAUUUGGUGACUUCAACUGUACAUUUUUUUCACCACAGGAUUGGUUAAUUUUACAGUAAGGUUAUUUCACCUUACAAUCGGACAAUUGUAAGUUUUAUUCACCGGAUUUCUUUUUACCUCCAAGGUUCAAAGUUCUAAGUUCAACCAU